CUGAAUGGUCGCAGUAGCUCGUACGGUUCGCUGGAGUGAGCUGUGGGCUCGGUGUACAGGCCGGAAACGGGUUUUUGUUUUGCGCUCUGAGACAAUCCGAACCUAGGACUAGCUGUCGGUGUGUUCUAGUAGUGCAUACCGCUCUAGUGGUUCCACCUGCGAGUGGGUGAUUUAGCAUCUUAAACAAAAGCAUCAUGUGUGAUUAGGGCACGGGAAGCGGGUGUAAGGAGCAUUACCUGUUCAGUAUUGCAUUUUCCAAAAGUAAUCCGCGAUUUGAUGCGCCACGUAUGGCGUUGUUGCUACAAGGUACAACGCAUCUUUCGGCUUCACAUCAUCCCGUUUGCAGCAUAGUCUGUUUGAGAAUAAGGACCACUUUUCAACGAUUUAUUGAUGUUAUUAUCAAUCGCAACGGUUGUCUGCUAAACCGUUUAUAGAUAUCUAAUGCGAACUCGUUAAUCCUGUUUAUUCACUGUUCCAAUUCCACCGUUCAGAGAUGUAUGUAUUUCAGCAACUUCAAGAAACCAAAAGGAAAAAAAAGACACAACUCACUCUAUAUCUGGUCACCAGAUUGUGGCCGCUUUUGAUAGGGCCACCGAUGCAACACCUGCAGAGCAGUGCUGCAGCAGAUCGCAACGUUAUCACUCACCUUUCCCCGAAACACGCAUCGAUCGAUAAAUUCACUUUUUUAACGACAUUCACACGUAGUUUAGGGACUCUACUACAAAGCUCCGAGACGUAGCUGUAUAUUUCACGGUGAUAGACACCCAGUUUGUUGGCAAGUGUACCCUAGGAUUUGUUGCUUUACGUUGGAACGCUCUCCGCUCGGUUCCAAUCAGUUAAGAAUCACUAAGGUUAAGCGUUUUUACCACUUAGACUAAUGCACCAAGAAUGUGAUUCUUGGACGACAGGUUGAAAAGAGGGGAGUUGGAGAAAUGGAGGGCAAUGGCAAUGGCAAGCAGGGAAGUCAAGUUAAGGCAGUAAGGGAAAAAACACUAGUUUUAUAGCGACCAGUUGUAAAAGAAACCGUUUUGAGUUAAUCACUGUUUUCUAGGGAUAAUUAAGUCGGUAUAACGUUCAUCGAUUGCGUUUCACGUAACCAGUAAGGCAAAAUUCAACAACGAAUUAACGAACACUCUAACGAUGCAUUGUAACAUCAGAAAGUUAUUGUGACCUUCUGGAAGAAGAAGAUACAAAUUAUAAGAAAAUAAUAUUACAUU